GAUGUAAACAUUAAUUGUCCUUGAUGACUCCCUUUUUUACAGCAGUUCGUGACAUCAGGCAUUUACUGUAACUUCUCAACAGGUAGAGACUUGAACGCUUCAGCAGAGGAGGUGCUUUGGCUUCGAGUCUGAGCAGCUUUAAAACGCUCUGCUUUGGUAGAACAGACUUUCACAGUCGCGCCGUCUACUGACAAUAGAAAUCGUUUUGGACCUGGAAUCCAAGUUUGGAUAAUAUGGAUAUCACAGACCAGCCAACACUGGACAUGAACGACACAAGCUGUCAGGAGAACAUCGACCAAAACCGAGCGCUGUACAUUUUCUACUCUUCAGUGGUCGUGCUGGAGUUUAUCUUGGGUCUCCUGCUGAACAUCACAGUCAUCCAUCUCUUCAUCUUCAAGCUUAAGUUCUGGAAAUCUAAGACCAUUGACAUUUUCCUGUUCAAUCUGGUCCUAGCUGACAUUUUGUUGCUGAUUGGAUUGCCCGUAAAGGCGUACAACUUUCAGCAAUGCAGUGAAGAGAAAGUAGUGUGCAAAGUACAACUGUUUCUGCAGUUUCUCAACCGAGGAGCCAGCAUUGCCUUCCUCACGGUCAUCUCCAUUUAUCGAUAUUUUAGCGUGGUCCAUCCUGGGAAAAGGAAAGUUCUGAGGAUUUUGAAACGGUCGCCUCAGAUUUCUGUAUUCAUCUGGGUGCUUCUGGUCAUUUUGACCAUUCCGGCCAUGUUGCAAAGUUUUAUCAGAUGCAACAGCAGUGAAAAAGAUGAUAUACCCGGCCCCAUUGUUCUACUGAGGGAAAUUGUGUUUUUUACUCAGAUUUUCAUCCCUUUUUUUGUUCUUGUUUACUGCUCAAUAAGGAUUAUCAAAAGACUCAAACAGAAGUCGGUGGGAGACAAGACUAAACUCUGGAGAGCGAUGUUUCUCGUCACUUCGGUGGUUUUCGUCUUUACUGUCUGCUUCUUGCCAUACGCCUUUACAAGAGCGGUGCAACUAAAGAUGGGGCCCGUGAUGAACGAGAAGAAAGUUACUGUCGUUAAAUUGUACGAUGGGCUUAUUUGUCUCUCUUAUCUGAACUGUCUACUGGAUCCAAUCCUGUACUGCCUGAGCAGCAGUAAAUUUAAGAAGCUAUAUAUUUCAAUGUAUCUUCCAUUCCUGCUGGAGAAGGAGCAACCGGAAAGCUCAGAAGAUACUGCAGAUGACUGAAUUGAGUAAAAAAAGAAGAUGAAAAGGAUGUUGGGAGAUUUCUGUCAGUUGCAUUCUUCUAAUACAUUUGAAUAGUAAAUUGAUAGUUGAAAAUGUCUAAGAUUUAUUUAUUUUUAAAAUGUAAAAAAAGGCCAGAUUUUAGUUAAAAAUUGUUAGAAUUAUCAAUUGCAGAAAUGUAUGUUUUAGGCACCGUGACCGUUUUAAACCACAUUUGUUUUCUUGUUUUUCCAGUUCAUUUUUAAUGGCUCUGCUGUGUGACACUUGCACAAAUAGUCCAAUGCAUGAAAAUGUAAUAAUUAGCUAUUUGCUUUAGUAAGGAGUUUCAGGUUAAGUACGUCACACUAUAGCGUCUCAAUUCAUUUUUUAAUGUCUCUGUGUCUUGCUUAUAUUGAACUUUCUGAUGACUCAUGGUUUGUAGUCUGGGAAAAGGGAAAUGUGCGACUUAAGGAACUUCUCUGUCGGGCACAGAGGAUGAAAUGUGAAAAAUAUGAGGUUUUCAAUGUUUUGCUUGUAUAAUAUUUUAUUUCCACGCUAUUGAAAAAAAUGCAAUUUUCUAAAGAGCAUAAAGAAAAAGGAUUUCUUGAUUCUUACCAAUAUUGUGAUUAGAUGUCAGAGUCUCUGGCUCUUUCUUAAUCGCAGCGGAAUAUGUGGCUUUGGAUGAGUUUAUUUUGAAGGCAUCAGAGUCUAAGGGAUCGGCUUCUGAAUAGCUCAGAGGUGUCUGGACUUGCCAGUGCCCUAAGAAUGCGGGAGAUAAAAUCUGUCCUGAAAUAGAAAGUUGAGUAAUGAAGGAAAAAAGGCCGCAUUUAUCAUACAGUGUAAAAUGUAGUGUCUUCGUAGUGAUGGUGGGUAAAGCUCAAAAAGAGUAAUCACAGACUAAAACUGUCAUUUGCAUAUCUUCCUAUAAAUAUCAUUGAGAACCUGAAGAACAUAACCAUCAUGAACAACUUCACUUUUAAUAACAUUGUCAUGGGAGAGUUUCUCCUAACAUACCUGGACUGAUAAGAGAGAGCAAUGCAUUCUGUUCCUGUAAAACCCUCUGCAACUGCUUCACUUGAAGCUGAAGGAUCGUUUUGUCAUUUUGCCCUGGCUUCUGUUCAGAAAAUGAAAUGAAGAUGUAAAAAUCAAAAUGCUCUAUACAUCUACAUCUGUAUUAGCUAAUAGAUAGGCCAUAGGUUUGACUUUGACAACGGUGCGGACAUAAUAGCAGAUAACACUUUCACAAAGAAAAAAAUGGUAAAUCAGAAAGGUUGUGUAAGAAAAAAAUAGGCUCAAAUAUGUCAGUGAAACACAAAUUUCUCUAAUGAUUCUAAAAAACUGGUUCCUUUUAUUGCUUUUAAGACAUUACAUAAAAUAAGUGCAAAAAAUAUGUUUACAAAUAUACAUAUUUCCAUUGAGAAGAUGCUGAUGCUGAUUUAACUCCAUUAAUACGAGCUGAACCUUUUGUGCAUUAUGGUUGAAUUUGUUGCUUUAUUUACUGUACUUGAUCACGGCAGUUCAGUUGGUGACGGUUCCAUACAAAAUAAGUUGAAAGCAUCCAAGUGAAUGUUAAAUUUAUUAGUGAACGUUGUAAUAAAUAUUUGAGAAAUCAUUGUUUUA